AUGGUGUACUGCGGUAAGCCAAGCAAAGGAUGCGGCGAGUGCAGGUCCAGGAAAAUCAGGUGCGACCAAGUCCGACCGGCCUGUUCGCAAUGCAACAGGGCAAAGCGGGACUGCCCUGGAUACCGGGACCAACUAUCCCUAAUGUUUCGCGACGAGAGCAAAUCGGUAGUCCGAAAGGCGGCUGCUGCCAAACAUAGGAACGAAAGAACAGAUCAAAGGGCAGAUCGAUCGUCUCGCACUGCAAUCCAAGAAAGGAAUCCUGUGCGGCCUGGGCUUACUACCGUGGUGGAGCCGGACUUUGCCUUCAGCUCCGAUCCACACCAUAUCUAUUUCAUGCAACAGCUUGGACAGUGCCCAUUGGAGAUCCAGCCGUCGCAAGAGAUUGAUACCGCCAAACAUGAAGCAAUUUGUUAUUUCUUACAAUCCAAUGCUAUUCCCGGCACUUUCUGGACUACCGACAUGGUCUCCAAGUUCUUGUCGCAGACCGGGGGUCCUGCAAGCCAGAAAGCCAUGCAGGCUAGCGUGGUGGCUACUGCCACGGCUAUGCUUUCCCGAGUCAGAGGGCUGCCGUCGCUAAAGGAGGUAGCCCAUCGGGAGUAUGGAUCCGCUUUAAGAUUGCUUAACUCCGCUUUAGCCGAUAUCAAUGAAGCGAAGACCAAUCAGACCUUGGGUACAGUCGUGCUGCUUGCCAUAUAUGAAGUAGUCACAUCAAGAUCCCCAGAGCAUAUUGACAGUUGGACCAACCAUAUCAAUGGUGCGGCGGCCCUACUUGACCUCCGCGGGACUGAUCAACUCAAGAAUGAUGCCGGUCUUCGUUUGUUCUUACACCUUCGAUAUCAGAUUGUCAUCAGUUGCUUACAACGAGACGCACGAGUACCCAAGUCACUACUGGAAUGCACGAAAGUCGCCAUGUUUCUUUGCCCAGCGGAAGCGCACGGGAAUAGACUCGUCAUGAUCAUUGGAAAACUAUCAAAUCUUCGCGCAGACAUCCGCACUGACUCCUUGAACAACGAGUGGGAAAUCAUAUCAGCAGCCUCAGCCAUUGAAGCCGAUCUGCUUGCCUGGCUAGCAGCUCUUCCUCCCGAGUUUAGCUAUACCACCCAUGUGACAUCCCCUUUUGACUCUGUCUUUCGACAGCGAUUCUGCGGCAUCUCCCCAUACGGCGAUCAAUACCACGUGUAUCCCACCCUUUGGGUCUGCAAUUCGUGGAACCAAUACCGGAGCGCUCGGAUUGUCGUCAGCGAAAUUAUUCUCUCCCACGUCCGGAAACUCUCCAAUAGUUCCUCUCUAUCCUCACUGUCUGACGAGUUUCGCCUACAAUACAGAACGCUGCGAUCAACGAUCCGGCGGUUGGCCGUGGAAAUCUGUCGCACCGUUCCCUUUCAUUUCAACGCCCAUCAGGCACACAGUGAGCGCAACCUCCCACCACCCGAAAGCUACAUGGGGGGUCUUGUGCUCCUCUGGCCCCUGUUUGUAGCUGGUAUCGUCGAGAAACCGGGGCAUGCGCUGCGCCGUUGGGUGAUCAAGUGCCUAGAAAUGAUUGGAAACACAAUGGGUCUUGACCAGGCACUGGCGGUCGCAGACAUUGUUGCAGCUGACCCUGGAGUCUUACAUUCUGUGACUGAGGAAGAAGACCCUCUCAUUUAUAUGUCCGAUGCACCCGAUCCAAUCAGCCCAUUAAGGAAGCACAUUUGCUUCGAGGGUUUAAGAUGA